GGCGGCACCGCCCCGUCCCAGCAUGCUGUGCGGGUAAACAGACAUGGCGGGCGAGGGCGACCCGCAGGACGCUGCGCACGACAUGGGCAACCACCUGCCGCUGCUACCUGCGGAGAGCGAGGAGGAGGAUGGGGUGGAGAUGGAGGUGGAAGACCAGGACGGCAGAGAGGCCAAGAAGCCCAACGUCAUAAACUUUGACACCAGUCUGCCGACGUCACACACGUACCUGGGCGCCGACAUGGAGGAGUUCCACGGCCGCACGCUGCACGACGACGACAGCUGCCAGGUGAUGCCGGUGCUGCCGCAGGUGGCGCUGGUGCUGAUCCCGGGCCAGACCCUGCCGCUGCAGCUCUUCCGCCCGCAGGAGGUCAGCAUGGUGCGCACGCUCAUCCAGAAGGACCGGACCUUCGCGGUCCUCGCCUACAGCGACGCGCAGGAGCGGGAGGCGCGGUUCGGGACCACGGCGGAGAUCUACGCCUACCGGGAGGAGCAGGACUUCGGCAUCGAGGUGGUGAAGGUGAAGGCGGUCGGGCGGCAGCGCUUCCGCGUGCUGGAGCUGCGGACGCAGUCGGACGGCAUCCAGCAGGCGAAGGUGCGGAUCCUGCCCGAGUGCGUGCUGCCCUCCACCAUGUCCGCCGUCCAGCUCGAGUCCCUGCGCAGGCGCCAGCUCUUCCCCGCCCCGUCCGGCUCCUGGGAGGACCGCCGUUCCUACAAGUGGUGGCAGAAGUACCAGAAGAGGAAGUUUCAUUGUGCAAAUUUGACUUCGUGGCCUCGCUGGCUGUAUUCCUUAUACGACGCUGAGACGCUGAUGGACAGGAUCAAGCAGCAGCUGCGGGAGUGGGACGAGAACCUGAAGGACGACGCUCUGCCCGCCAACCCCAUAGACUUCUCCUACAGAGUAGCAGCCUGCCUCCCCAUCGACGACGUGCUGAGGGUGCAGCUCCUCCGGAUCGGCAGCGCCGUCCAGCGCCUGCGCUGCGAGCUCGACAUCAUGAACAAGUGCACGUCCCUCUGCUGCAAGCAGUGUCAGGAGACAGAAAUCACCACCAAAAACGAGAUCUUCAGCCUGUCCCUGUGCGGGCCGAUGGCGGCCUACGUGAACCCGCACGGCUACGUGCACGAGACGCUCACCGUGUACAAGGCCUCCAACCUGAGCCUCGUCGGCCGGCCGUCCACGGAGCACAGCUGGUUUCCCGGGUUUGCCUGGACGGUGGCCCAGUGCAAGGUCUGUGCCAGCCACAUCGGGUGGAAAUUCACAGCCACCAAAAAGGACGUGUCGCCUCAGAAGUUCUGGGGGCUGACGCGAUCGGCUCUGCUGCCCACGAUCCCCGACACCGAGGACGACGUGGGCCCCGACAAAGUCGUGCUGUGCUUGUGAGCAGGCGUGGCGGCCGGCGCUCUGACGGCGUCCGCCCUGGAUCCUGCUCCUGCUCCUGCUGCUGCUGCUGCUGCUGCUGCGGACCCGGGUCGGGGGUGUGGCGGGAGGGGCAGAUGCUUCGCCCCACGGUUUGAGGACUCGAGACUGACACGCGCCGUGGGAGAGGACGCAGCGCAGUCUGGGCCGCGCGGUGCUCUGGCUCCCCGGCUCCUGGAGCUUGGCGCCUGGCCCCGCGGGCCGUGACGUCGGGCGACACGUGACCGGAGGACGCUGCUUCCUGUAGGAGCGCAGAACGUGCUGAGAGGCGGCGUGUGGGUGGGGGGCGCGUCCACCCCCUGCCCCGGGCGCGGGGCCCACGGCCGGUGCCCACGCGAGCGCCUGCCCCUUCCCGAGGGGGGCCGGGCGGUUAAAGCCGGGAGAGUCUUGUUCUUUCAACUGUUAGUCUGUGAGAUACUGACUUGUAAACUUCGAAAAUAUUAGAGUUAAAACAUGCAGUUUGAGCCCAAAAA